AUGUCAAGCACACGAGCGUCUGUGGCAAGCGACUGUGGUGACCUGUCGCUGAUCCCCGCCGCCAAAGCUUAUAAACAAUGGAAACCUAUGGAAAGCCACAUCCCUACCACACACCGACGCCACUCUGUGGCGCCACAGAGUGGCGCGUGUACUCCUUGCCUUAAACCUUAUCUGUUUAGGGAAGGGUGGAAGGGGAGGGAAGUGAACUCGACUACACAGAGCGAGCUGAACGCAGCCUCCACCCUCCUUGGCAGAGUCAUUCAGCAAUGCGUCCAUCUCAUCAAGAAACCGAAAUUUCCCGAUGGUGUUUUGUUCUGCCCGCGCACCUUCGACGGAUGGUCUUGCUGGAACGACACGUUGGCGGGAGACACAGCUUACUCUCCUUGUCCGUAUUUCAUCACUGGAUUUGAUCAUACCAGAAUGGCGCACAAGGUCUGUAACGAGGACGGGUCCUGGUACCGCCAUCCUGAGACCAACCUCACCUGGUCUAAUUACACCACUUGUAUUGAUUUUGAAGACCUGAAGAUGCGUCAACUUGUGAAUACGAUCUACAUCGCAGGCUACGCCGUUUCCCUCAUCGCCCUCGUCAUAUCUCUUGUUAUCUUCUUUUAUUUCAGUUCGCUCCAGUGCACACGUAUCCGUCUUCACAAGAACCUCUUCGUCAGUUUCAUCCUAAACAACGUCCUUUGGAUUGCUUGGUAUAUGGAGGUUGCCAGCAAGCCAGACACCGUUUUCAACAACGAGACGGGGUGUCAGGUUCUGCACAUAUUGCUCCAUUACUUCUUGGUGUCCAGUUACUACUGGAUGUUCUCGGAGGGUUUGUACCUGCACACCUUGCUGGUGGUGGCAUUUGUCACCGAAGACAGGCUCAUCCGGUGGUUCUACCUCCUGGGAUGGGGGGCACCGGCCAUCAUCGUUGCCAUCUACGCCGGCGUCAGAGGAGCUUCGGAUGCUGACACUCAGCAUUGCUGGAUAGAUGAAAGCUACUACUCCUUGAUUCUGUCCAUUCCUGUUUGCCUGUCGAUUCUGGCGAACUUGGUCUUCCUGAUUAACAUCGUCCGAGUUUUGGUCACGAAACUUCGAGCCAACCACCUGCCAGACGAGGCCCAGGGCACCAGAAAAGCUGUGAGGGCCACCCUGAUCCUCAUCCCUUUGCUCGGUCUUCAUUACGUCCUCAUUCCUGUCAAGCCUGACAAAGGAUCAAGUGGUGAGCUUGUUUACCAAGUCAUUGCAGCCUUGGCAUCAUCUUUUCAGGGUUUCUGUGUUGCUUUAUUGUUUUGCUUCUGUAAUAGUGAGGUGAUUAUGGCACUGAAGAAGAAAUGGUACCAGUACCAAUCAAUCCACGAUCACCAUCGCUUCACACUCUCCACUGCCUGUGCCUUGUCCAUUAACGGGAUCCAAAGUAAAGGUGCCCAGGAGCUGCGUCGGCUUUCGCCACUUCGGAAAUCCCGACCUCAUUCUCCUCACUCGACCGCAAGCACGCCGCGCCACCACGAGACGGGCAGGGGCGAUGUGUUGGCCGUCAGCGAGACCGAUUCGCUCCCUUGGAGUUGUGUGGUCGUGGAGACUAGAUUAGGGAAUGACGAUGAAGCGAUGACGUGUAUGAUUGAAGGCCCUAAGGGCUCAGCUCAUACGGAGCAAGAGCUGGGAGAGGACGAACACUAUGAUGAUGAAGCGGAUGAGGAAAGAGCAACGCUGAUGGUGAAACCGACUGCCAACGAUGACUUGGGGUCAAGUGACAUUCCGCUUGAAACCAUUGAGGAAAUAACAGAAGACUGAGUGGGACUGGUUAAGAAAAAAUAUGUGCGGGCUGAUCAUGAAAACAUCAGCUUACAUAAUUUCGAUGAGCAAAAUUGACUGAUGGUAGUUCAUUGAUGACAAGGCGUUGUUUAGAGUACUUAUAAAGAAAUUCAUAAAUUGUUGUGUACCUGAAUACUACACCAAGAAUGAAGGAACCAUAGAAUAGAAACAAAGACACGGUAAAAGAUUGAUAAAAAUAAUCCUUGCAAUCUUACAGUUUAAAGUUGUGUGCAGAUGAGCAGGACACAUACCCAUCUAUCUUAAAUUGAAUUUUGAAGGUCUUCACCUAACUGCAAAAAUAAAAAUAAAAAUCGUAAACACAAUGAAGUUAUAUCAGCAAAGAACAUCCAAAAAUUUAGCUCUAACAUUGGUGACUUAGUUAUCAUCUAAUUGUAAAAAAAUCGCAUAUCAAAACUCCAGAAGUAGUGAAUAUUUAUGCUACAUCCAUUGCUACUGCACUGGAGUUGUACAUUGCGGCUAAUUGCAAAUGACUGAUUUGUUAAGCUUUUCAAUUCAAGCAUUUGAAAACAUAUAUUAAUCUUCCAUAAAUUGCGCUAGUAUAUCCUAUUUCAUUGGAAUACUUUAUCGAUGGUGUAUCUGUGAUUAAGAAAAACGCAAAAAAUGGUGCUGCUAUCAUUGUGUUUGAUUUAAAUGCAUUUACUGAAAUCUUAGUGUGGCUCAAAAAGAGAAGUGAGGGACCUUGCUGGAAUCAAUACAAAGUGGGUAACUCUAGUCUCUCUCUUUGGGUGACCUUUAAGGAAUCGGCCAUUCUUAAUCCCUAUUAGUCUGACAACCAAGCUCUUGGACACGCAGUAGUAGCCCCAGUAUAUUUGAGAUAUUUUGCACAUUAAAAAAUUUGUCAAUGGAAUAUUGGCUUAGAUUCAUUCUGUUCAAUGUGUUCUGAAAGAUAUGUACUUCCUAAAACAACAUUUCUCCUGCCAUCUCCGAAAGUCAGAUAUCACUAAUAAAUAGUUUCAUCAAAGUUUUUUUGCUAUACAAUCUAUUUUGGUACUGCUGUUAGUACCCUUACAUUUUUCCAUCCUUAUCAGCAGCAGUAGUAGUAGUAGUAGUAGUAGUAGUAGUAGUAGUAGUAGUAGUAGUAGUAGUAGUAGUAGUCGCAAUAGCAGUUAGUAAUACAAUCAGUUUUUAGGGCGACAUUAAAAAUCAGCAGUCGACAUCUUACUUUGGACUGAUCGAGGCAUUUGAAUUGCAUCCUUUUGUGAGCAGCAUGAGCCUCUGCCAGUCAAGAUUGCCAUCUGAUAUCGGCUGUGGAUAUUUAUUGUCAGUACAACAGAAACAGACACAUUUAUAAUUACUGAGGUGAUAAUACUAAUUGGUGGAGCUUUAGUGGCUGAAGUUUCAUCAUUGUUGGUAAGAGAAGAGGCAAUUUAGUUAUCAUGUUGAUCAGUGUCUAUAAUGAAAAUGUCUGCUCAAACAUGACGGCAAUAAUUUGGUAUUUAUGCAAGUGCAUCGUACUGACGAUAUAUGAUAAACAUUAUGUUGUUCUGAAUUUUUUAGGUCAAGAGCUUUUGACAGUUAAACAUGAAGUAGACGACAUUUUUGCCGCAAACGAAAAAUUAGUAAAGGAAUAGAAAUUAGGUUUUGCAUAUUAUUAUUAUUAUUAUUAUUAUUAUUAUUAUUAUUAUUAUUAUUAUUAUUAUUUUAUUAUUAUUAUUAUUAUUAUUAUUAUUAUUAUUAUUAUUAUUAUCUUGAUAAUGAUAGGUAUCUGUUCGAAAAAGCUGAUGAUUGUAUUUUUUUUAUUCCUUGCAAAUAUGGAUAUUAUUUUCUAAAGAUAAACUGCAGACAUAUUAGUAGAGGGAAGAAGCUACAAAACAUUUAUUUAAACAUAUCACUUGCCUUUGCAAGAGCAAAAGACUUUUCCAUACCAAUCCUCUCGCGUUCUGUAGAAAAAACUUUUGCCGAUAAUCGAUUGGUUACACACAAUAUCAAUUUGUUGAGAUGGCAUGCGUUCCUUGUUUUAAAAAUAAGCACAAUUCUCUGUACGCUUGGCAUGUCAUGCAAGAUUUCAAUCAUGGUCAAUAAUGCCUUACAAUUAACGCCAAUGAUGACAGUAAUUAUUGAGUGUAGUAGUAAUAAUAGUGGUAUUAGUAGUCGCAUUCUUAAUGAUGGAAGUUAUUACAAUGCGGAUUACAAUUAAGAAAAAAGCAAAGCUGAGGAAGACAACUUGCAUUUAUAUUGAGUGAGAAAUAAGUGAAGUAAUGAGGAUGUAAUUUUUCUACAAGAUUGCCACCAGGGAAAGAUAAAUCGUUUGUACUCUUAUUUAGUUUAGUUGUGCUGACUACUACUACAAAAUAAAAAGACAAGUUAGGCAACAACAACAACAACAACAGGAAAAAUAAGUAAUAACCCUUUGAAAUUCCUGUUUAAUUGAAGCAUUACUAAAAGACUCCUUUUCCUGAAUGUGUACUGGAGUAAUGUACUUAACCUUCUUUCUGUGACACUGAGAAGACUAGAGCUACAAAAGAUUUAAAGGCAAGAUAAUCCGGUUUACCUGGCCAGAUAAAUGUGUCCAGUUAAUUCCAUGUACUCUAGGAAACCGGAGGUGUAAUCUUGGUUCUUGAAAUUUGCCGAAAAUAAGGGAUGUUUUUCAAAAUGUAGAGAAAUAGAACAGAACCGACUGUCCUGAGGUUAUUUAUCCAUGUUUUCACGAAGGAAAAUUAGAAGUAUUUUCAUGAUCCGGGCUUUGUGGUUAUUAUGAUGAAAAUAAGAAUAUUUGCACCAUGGGCUAUGAUCAAUGUUAGGUAAGGUAUUUGGCCAUUCUACGGUACAUAUGUCAAUCACUCCUCAUAGGAUAUUCAAACCCUAUCAAUCAAUACUCAGAAAUAAAACAAAGCGAAUAACUACCGAAAAAGAAAACAAGACUUAACAAAACUACAAAUUUUCCUUUAAACUAUCUAGUAUUAAUUAUCACUAAAUGUGACCGAAAAUACUGUUGAA